AUGAAAAUGGAAGGGGGUCAACCCCUGGAUGAGAAUGUGGGAAGCACACCCAGGCCAAGAUUCCAGUGGAACAAGCUACUGCUGCUGACCUCUGUGAUUCAGGGGCUGGGGCUGCUCCUGUGCCUCACCUACAUCUGCCUGCACUUCUCUGCUCCCCAGGUGCAGCAUCCUCCAAUUCAAAGUAUUAAAAUACUACUUACUGGAUGUGAGAAAGAGAAGUUAUCCCUCAUCCCAAAUGAUGCUGAGAUCAUGAAGGUGGAAAACAACUCAAUCAUCAUCAACUGUGAUGGGCUUUAUUUAAUCUCUGUGAAGGGCUACUUCCAGGAGGAGGUCAGCGUUAGCCUUCAUUACCGGGUGAAUCGGAAUCCAAUCUCCAUCCCCCUGAGAAAGAACCUGCAGGUUGACUUCACCACAGUGGUCUCUUUGGCUUACAAAGACAAAGUCUACUUAAGUAUGAACUCUCAGAAUACUUCCUGUGAAGACUUUGGGAUGAACGGUGGGGAACUGUAUCUCAUCCAGCAAAAUCCUGGUGGAUUCUGUGCUCCAGUGAGGAUCUGAUAGCAAGACUUCAAACCAGGCAUCUGCAUGAACUCCAAGCUGGGGGUGGACAGGACAGAGUCUUUCUUG